AUGACGGUAACCCCAGGAAUCCACAGGAUCGGUGGCCAGGAACUGGCCUUCUUUGUCCACAACAAGUUGGGCCGGGAGAUGUUGGCCCUUCCAGAGCGGGAUGUCCGCUAUGCUCCUGGUAGCAUGGGACUUCAUCAGAUACAUCUUCACCGGCCCUCGUAUAUCAAUGGCCUGCUGAUCCAGUCCCGGGGAAGGCGUGAGAUGCGUGCCUGUACAGCUUGCCAGGGGUCAACAGGCCUCAGACCUUUCACAGAGUGUGCACGGCUGCCCGGACACUUUGGCGGCGAGGGAAUCUUCCACUUCAUGAUCAAGCUCAAAAAAAGCCAUUACGUCAAGCAAGCAUCAGACAAGUUGCAGAUAUCUCUACUCCAAAUCCUAGAUUCCGACAAGCUACGACCCCAGUCAAUAAUCCGUUCAAGCAACUCAUACCUGGCUGUCGUAUUCGGUACGACCAAGAUCGGGGAAAGAGCGCAGCGAAAAUUGGAAAAGAUCGAGUUCUCAUUCGAAAGAAAUGGGAUACUCAACUACUUUGGAGGAAGUAGCCAGAGCUAUACACGAACUAUUUGA